CCGCUCCUCCCCUCGGCGGUGCCCGGAUGGAGACCGACGCCAUUCUGAGUGAGCGAGGAUCCGAGAGUGAGCGGGUCAUGGGUAGGCUCCACAAUCUCCUGGUCUUCCUGCUGCUGGCCUCCCCCCUCUGCCUCUUCCAGCACGGCGGCCCCGGGGCAAGACAUCUUGUUGCUGCAGAUGAUCCAACAGAGGAUGAGGAAGGUAUUGAUGAUUCUGUCGUGGAAGAUGAUGAUGAUGAAGCGGAAAUAGAAGAGGAUGAGCCAACAGACGUUAUGGAAGAUGAGAAAGAAGAAGAGGAGGAGGAGGAAGAAGAUGACUUGACAUCUGGAGAACCCAAAGCUUCUCCCAAUGCUGACACAACUAUUCUGUUUGUGAAGGGAGAAGAUUUCCCAGCUAACAACAUUGUGAAAUUCUUGGUUGGUUUUACCAAUAAGGGCAAUGAAGAAUUUGUUGUGGAAUCUUUGGAUGCUUCAUUUCGUUAUCCUCAAGAUUAUCAGUUCUAUAUUCAGAAUUUCACAGCGCUACAGUUGAACACAUUGGUGCAGUCCCAGCGCCAAGCCACGUUUGAGUAUUCGUUUAUCCCUGCUGAACCUAUGGGCGGUCGGCCAUUUGGAUUGGUAAUCAACCUGAACUACAGGGAUGCCACUGGUAAUAUUUACCGUGAUGCCGUGUUCAACCAGACAGUUACGAUAACUGAGCGAGAAGAUGGGUUGGAUGGAGAAACAAUCUUCCUGUACAUGUUCCUGACUGGUCUUGGUUUACUUGUUGUGGUUGGUAUCCAUCAGCUUCUGGAAUCUAGAAAGAGAAGACGACCAACUUCCAAAGUAGAAAUGGGUACAUCUAACCACAAUAAUGUAGACAUGAGUUGGAUUCCGCAGGAAACCUUAAAUCAAAUCAACAAAACUUCCCCAAGGAGGUCACCCCGUAAGCGAGCGAAGAGAACUGUGGGAUCGGAUGAAUAGAAACUCAGUUUUUAACCUUCAGUGUUUAAUCCUGUCCAUUUUUUUGGAGAUAAUGCAGAGAUGCCAACUAAACAUAGUUUUUAAAAAAAAUCAAUGGACUGAGCAGGAGAACCAUUUAAGAAUACUUUUUUUUGAACAAGAGCUUCUCAUCAAAAUGCACUUGGCUGUAUACAGAGUUGGUUUUUUUUGUCAUUUCAACAUGUUUUAAGCUUUUGUUUAAAAAGUAAUUGCAGCCAGUCAAUAUUUUGACACCUUAAUGUGAAUAAUUCUACGUGAAUUAUUUUUGGCUUGUGUGUACUUUUGCAAUGGUACAGGGAAUUUAAUUCUGAUAAGGGCAGUGUCUGUUCUCCUUUCCCUCAAGAUGUCAAUAGAGGGCAACGUUAUGAGUUGUUUGCUCCCCUGUGUGCACACUGUCGCAUGUAAACCUGCUGGGAUAUCAUUCUUUUCUGAUUUCAGUCCAAAAUGAUAGUCACACAUGUACGAAACGACUGCAUCAUCCUGUAAUUUUAUCCUACCCCUGAUUGCUUCUAGGGUGGGUGCUGUGAAUACGUGUGUAUAGUUAGUACAGUUUGGAUAAGAGAAGCUGUUGCACGGAUUCUGUUUGGCUAUUACAAUACUGCAGAACAGUGAAAUGAUUGAAAAUGUGUGUGCAUCUGUAUCUCAGGAAACCAAACAGGAUUGUGAAGUAUGUUUUCUAGAGUCAUGUACUUUCUGAUUGAGAAUAUUUCUUGCGUUUCGGAUGUGAACGUGGAAUUUGUGCACUCCGUUUGGUUUUGAGUGCACCAUGGGUAUUGAAAUCAAACAUAACUUUCAAAGCCAGAUUAUUUUCUUAUUGUUGGGAGACCAUUUAGCAAAAUGUACUUGGUCAGAGUUUCAAAAACUCACAUAGGCAUUAAGAUGUUUUCAACUUCUAAGAUUAUCUGGAAAGAGAUGGCUGGUUUUAAGUGGAUGAGAAGACAUUAAAGUAAACAAAUUGAGUUCCUGUUGUUUCUACUUUUUUGUUUGUUUCUUUUUAAUCAUCUUUCCAGAUUCCUUCCUUCCUUCCUGUCCUUAAGGAGAUGAGAGAAUGUGGGGGCCAGUAUAUGUAUAAAAGUUUUUUUUUUACUUUGGCUCAGCAGAGGGAAAUUCAGUGCCUCAGAUGGUCUAAUGGUGUUUUGGUCUUCAGUAGUUGCUUUUAUUUACAUCUACAGUUUUGCUUGUAGAAGGAAACCCUUGACGUGACAAGUUAUUCAGCUGAACAGGUAUUAUCAUGUUCCCUCUGAACAAAAAUGGAACCUUUUGAAUUGAUGUGUUAUUUGCUUGCGUGUAUUAUUGCUUUAAGUUGUAGCUGCUGUUGAAUGCUUCAUUUCCCUGCAGGGAGCUAAAUUUCCUUGUGACCUGAUGUCACUUUUUUUAACCUAAAUUUUGAAGUGUAAUCAUGAAUUUUAAAUAAACUGGAAGCUUCUAUAUCCCACCAGUCUAAGCCACAGAAAAUUAAAAAUGAGAAACUAAUGCUGAUAUUUGUGCAUUUCAUUAAUUUACUGUUUUUCUUGGAGUUUAGUAAUUUUUCUGUGAUCCAUUUUUUUAGUUCCUUGUUUAUACUGAAGAUGUGUAUGCUACACUUGUAAAAUCCUCCAUGUAAUAUUGAGUGUAUUGGUGCUGAGAAGCUAUUACGAGGCGAUUGCAUGAAAAUGGCUCAUGCAUGCCAAUGAUAAGAGUCUGGGAUGGAAAAUAAAAGACAGGGAAAGGAUGAAUGUUGAAAUGUACUGGUAUAUCUAGUUCAAUGUGAGGAAAGUAACAGAGUGCCAUCAGUCAUGAAACUGGUUCACUGUUGGAAAUGUAAUAUGACAUCAGUGUAAUCUUUUCUAAUGGAUACUGUGACUUUUAAUUUGAGCAGAAGUUACACUUGUGCGUCAUCUGCACUGAGCUACCAUUAUCACGUUGCUUUGAAGGGGUGGCUGCAUUGACGCAUUUUUUUGUUUGUAUCUUAUUUUCAAUUGUCCUUCAACAAACUUGAAAUAUAUUAAAACUAGUCUUUGAAACUGAA